AUGGGGAACAGCCCCACUGUCACUGAGUUUGUCCUGCUGGGGUUCUCAGAUGCCUGUGAGCUGCAGAUGCUCAUCUUCCUGCGGUUCAUCCUGAACUACCUGUCCACUCUUCUGGGGAACCUCCUCAUUGUGGUCAUCACCCUCAUGGACAGAUGCCUCCACACCGCCAUGUACUACUUCCUCUGCAACCUUGCUGUUCUGGAGAUCUGGUUCACCACAGUCAUUUUCCCCAAGAUGCUGACCAAUAUUUUAACUGGAAGUGAGACCAUCUCCCUCCCAGGCUGUUUCCUACAGUGGUUCUUCUAUUUCUUCCUGGGCACUACAGAGUUUUAUCUCCUGGCAGUGAUGUCUUUUGACAGUUAUGUGGCUAUCUGUAACCCCUUGCACUCUGCCACCAUCAUGAGCAAAAAGGUCUGUGUCCAGUUGGUCCUAUGUUCAUGGAUGGCAGGAUUCUUUUUCAUCACUGUUCCCAGUUCAAUCACAAUUCAGCAGCCAUUCUGUGGCCCCAAUAUCAUUAAUCAUUUCUUCUGUGACAACUUUCCAAUCCUGGAACUCAUAUGUGCAGACACAAGCCUGAUAGAAAUUCUGGGCUUUAUCGUGGCCAACUUCAGCUUACUGAGUACUCUUCUGACAGCCACCUGCUAUGGCCACAUCCUCCAAACCAUCCUGCACAUCCCCUCAGUCAAGGAGUGGCAAAAAGCCUUCUCAACCUGCUCCUCCCACAUCAUUGUCGUGUCUCUCUUCUACAGCAGCUGCAUCUUCAUGUAUGUCCGGUCAGGCAAGGGUGGCCAGGGGGAGGACAAAAGCAAGGUGAUGGCCCUGGUCAACACCGUGAUGACCCCAAUGCUCAACCCCUUCAUCUACACCCUGAGGAACAAACAGGUGAAGCAGGUGUUCAGGGAGCAGGUAAGCAAAUUCCUCUCAUAAAGCUAUGGAACAAAGAGGCUAAUGUUUCCAGACAAGCUAAUGGAGUAUCAGGCCCCUGUAAGAAAUUCAGACUUAUCUUUCAGAAAAAGCUCUGAUGACAUUUCUGCUGUGGCAGAAAUCAUGCCAGCCAAUAUGCAACUCAGCAUAAACUCAGAAGUUCUCUUGCUCCUCAUGGCAUUUUUAUUAAAUAUCAAAUUUGAAUAUUUAUGUUCAUUCCUUCUGUGUCUGCCUGAGUAUUCAAAGGCAGAAACUAGCUCUGUAUUUCACCAUAAGCCCCAAGCAUCAGUAAAUUUGCAUAGAUCACAUGGAUAUUCAAUAAAUACUUGCAGACUGAUUAACUGCUUUGCAUCUCCAACACCCUCAGAGGAAUGGAGAACAGUGCUCUGUUUGCACAUCUCCAAUUUCACACGUAUACAGUAGUCCUAUCAUAGAAAU